AUGUCCUAUCUCAAUCCGACUGGCAGUGACCUCGAACGCUUCGACGGGCUCUCUCUCAUCUAUUGGACUCUGAUGGGACCGUACGGAAUGGAUCGGACGGUGCACUGCGUCGACUUCUACCACUGUGCCAACGGACUGGGUAUCAAGGUAAUUGGUGGCAUCAGAGAGUUCACAGGAGAGGAAUAUGGGGUUUAUGUCAAGAGAAUCCUCCCAGGGGGCAUUGCUUACGCGGACGGCCGCCUUCAGCCCGGAGACCAGAUCUUAGAAGUGAACGGAGACAGCCUGAUCGGAGUGACAAGUGAGAGAGCUGUGGAUAUUCUCAGGUCCGCCUCUGCCACCAGCCAUAUGCGCCUUCUCAUUGCCCGAGACGAUGACGCCCGGAGGGAGUUCUCUGAGCUGCUGGAAAAAUUUGGAUCUCAUAGCAAUACAGGCUCGGCUCGGAGCUCGCCUGUUCUCUAUGGCGGGGGUGAGCAUGCGUGA